AUGCGCGGCUCCUGGGACGAGUCCACGACGGCGGCGCUGCACGCGCGCAUCCUGGAGGCGCACCGCGGGCCCGCCGCGCCCGAGCGCGCCGCCGAGCCCGCGCCCUGCGCCGACGGCGCGCCCACCGCGCUGGCGCUGGAGCUGGCGGCGCCCACGCCGCUGCUGCCGCUGCCCACGCUGUCCUUCAGCGCCGCGCAGGUGGCCACCGUCUGCGAGACGCUGGAGGAGAGCGGCGACGUGGAGCGCCUGGCGCGCUUCCUGUGGUCGCUGCCCGUGGCGCACCCCAACGUGGCCGAGCUGGAGCAGUGCGAGGCCGUGCUGCGCGCCCGCGCCGUCGUGGCCUUCCACGCCGGCCGGCACCGCGAGCUCUACUCCAUCCUCGAGCGGCACCGCUUCCAGCGCUCCAGCCACGCCAAGCUGCAGGCGCUCUGGCUGGAGGCGCACUACCAGGAGGCCGAGAGGCUGCGCGGCCGCCCGCUCGGCCCGGUGGACAAGUACCGAGUGCGCAAGAAGUUCCCGCUGCCGCGGACCAUUUGGGACGGCGAACAGAAGACGCACUGCUUCAAGGAGCGGACGAGAUCGCUCCUGAGGGAGUGGUACCUGCAGGACCCGUACCCGAACCCGACGAAGAAGAGGGAGCUGGCGGCCGCGACGGGCUUGACGCCGACGCAGGUCGGCAACUGGUUCAAGAACCGACGGCAAAGGGACCGGGCGGCGGCCGCCAAGAACAGAUCGGCGUUACUCGGGAGAGGGUUCGCCUCGUCCUCCACGUACGACGAGGACUCGGUGGACUCGGAGAUCAACGUGGACGAGGAGUAGCCGCCGGCGCCGGCCCCCGCCGGCGCGUCGCCACACAGACUGAUAGUGUAAAUAAUGUCACGGUGAUACGAAUGACGCGAGCCGCCGCGCGUAGAGACGGUUCAGUGACGAACGAUGCAAUAUAGACCAAGCUAUGUUAUCCUAGUUAGUAUCACAAAGUCCGUGAUGUAUGUGAUGUUAAGGUAUUGUAAACCAGUUUAUUAGAAUGUAAUUAUAUCGUUGAAAGUGUAAAGCGAGUGCUUGAAGUUGUCGGCAUUUCUGCGUAUCAGGUACGUACCUCCACUUUGUAGCGACGAUCUAUUGUACUGUUGCAUUUUCGAUAUAUUUUACCAAACCCUCUUACCGGAUGGUUAGAAAUUUUCGACAUUACGAUUUGUUUUACGUUCAAGGUGUAACAGGGUUAUUUUAACUGUUUGUCUCGAGUAUUACGCUCUGGCUCUCAAUCAGGGUUUAUUUAAUAAUUAAUCUUAGUUUAUUUAUUUAAUUCUCUGAUAAAAUAUAGGUUCAUAUUUAAUACCCUAUAGUAAAUUAUUAGAGUUACUUUCCGGAGCACUUGUUUCCUUAUUUACUUGCUGCGCUGUUUACCAGUUUUAAUAUAAAUUCAUAUAUCAUAUCAACUUUUAUUUAAAGUAUUGUAGAGAUUAUUGCUGUAAAAGUACCUAUAUAAUCUUUUGGCAUUUAAAAGGUUUGUACCUGACUGCUUUUGAAACCUUAUCACGUCAAUCUUAUGAUGUAUUUAUUCAUUGUGUUAAAGAAACAGGGACAUUCGUGUUGAGUUGUUUACAAAGUUUGGAAAUGUUACAAUGAGAAAAUAUGGUUUUCCUAUAAAUUUACAUUCAUAUAUCGAAUGAAUUCCUAAGGGAAAUCGUGUAACAACAUUUAGGAUCAUAAAUGAUACAUUAUAUAGAUAAAUAUCAUUAUAACAGUGACAAGAUAAGACUUGCCC